CACGUGGACGUGGCUGUGCGCAUUUUUGGUCAAUAGAGGGGGCUAUGAUAGAAAAGUGUUGAGUAUGAAAGUUUUAAUAUUUUUGGAUUUUUCUUUGAAUGAAUGAAUGAUGGCUGUGCGAGCUGUCUUGAGAGCAGUGUUGAUUGACCUGAGUGGUACAUUACACAUCGAAGACACUAUUGUGCCAGGAGCAGUGGCAGCAUUAGCAAGGUUAAGAUCAGCUCCGGUCAAAAUCAAGUUUGUGACCAACACGACCAAAGAGAGUGUCUCGACCCUCCACCAGCGGCUCCAGAAAUUGGGCUUUGACAUCGGAGUUGGAGAGAUCUUCUCGUCCCUGACUGCCGCACGGAAUGUGGUGAUAGAGGGCGCUCUAAGGCCAAUGCUGCUCCUGCAAGAGGAUGCCAUGAGAGAUUUUGAAGGCAUCUCUAUAGAUUCUCCUAACUCUGUGGUGGUUGGACUUUCCCCGGACAACUUCAAUUAUGCAACUCUUAACUCAGCAUUCAGACUAGUCCUGGAUGGUGCUAAGUUGAUAGCCAUCCACAAAGCCAGGUACUUCAAGAGGCUGGACGGCCUGGCCCUGGGUCCGGGACCCUUCGUGGAAGCCCUGGAGUACGCCAGCGGGACCAAGGCCUCCGUCGUCGGCAAGCCAGAGAAGACGUUCUUCUUAGAAGCCCUGAGGAGCUUGGGAUGCAGUCCCCAAGACGCUGUGAUGAUAGGAGAUGAUGCUAGAGACGACGUACAUGGUGCCAUGGCAGCUGGACUGCAGGGGAUAUUAGUUAAAACAGGCAAAUAUCGCCAUGGUGACGAGGAUCGCAUCCAGCCAGGAGCGACCGCUGUCUGCCGAGAUUUCCCAGAGGCCGUGGAGCACAUUUUGUCCAAGAUGUUAUGACCCGAGCCCUCUUCCUCCCCUCAGAGCCACAAGUGCCCAAAUUGAUGAAAUAAAUCUUGGAGGUUGCAGUGUCGGGCAGGGACGGACGGGGCAGGCACUUGCUUGUGUCUACCUCAAAGUUACUGAUGUGGCGUGGAUCAAAUGACUGGACUAGAGAGCGGUAGAUUUCGGCCAGAAUUCCUUCUCCC